AUGCCUGUGGGUGUUGUGAUUUUAAAACAUUUUGUCACUCGACCACAAGACAAUGAAAAUAUUCACUUUAAAGGUGAAAAUAAUAACAGAACAAUGAAGUCUCUUCUUUUUUUCUCAAGUUUUUCAACUGAAAGUCGCUACUCAUCAAGAAAAGAGAAAAAGACUACAAUAAGUCAUACAAAUUAA